AGAAACCUUAACAAAUUUCUCGUAAAAAUAAAACUCCUAACCAUGCAUCCUGAUCAACAACGCUAAAUUUUUAACAACACUUUCCGCCAUCAGAACUCAGUACCCAGACAAUCUUCCACCCAUCAUCCCUUAAAAUUCAAAAAACACAGUACACAGAAAAGUAACAAGAUGCCAAUUCAAAAGAUUAAAGCCCGUCAAAUUUUCGACUCCAGAGGGGAUCCGACCUUGGAAGUGGACAUAAUUACUGACGUUGGAUUAUUAAGAUCAUCGGUGCCAACUGUGUUAUGGCCCAGCCCUAACCAAGCACAGGAGUUGAGGGAUGGAAACGAAGCCAUGUACCAUGGACGUUCCGUCUUUAGAGCUGUCGACGUCAUCAAUAACAUAAUUGCACCGCAACUUUUGAAAUCCAGGCUGGAAGCCUGCCAGCAAAUGGAAAUAGACAGCUUAUUGAACAGACUGGAUGGCACGGAGAAUAAAUCAAAGUUAGGUGCGAACGCUAUCUUUGCUGUUUCCGUUGCCUGCUGCAAGGCUGGUGCGGCGAAGAAAGGACUUCCAGUUUACAGGUACAUCGCAGAGUUAGCUGAGAACGGAGAACUGUAUAUACCCGUUCCAAGUUUCAACAUGAUCAGUGGAGGCAGACAUGCUAGCAACACGAUACCUUGCCAAGAAUUCAUGAUCUUACCUAUAGGUGCUGAAAGCUUCGCCGACGCUCUGAAAAUGGGCACAGAGGUGUACAGAGUGCUGGAGAGAAAAAUUGCCACCACUGCGGAAAUAAAUCUGCCACUCUCUGUUAGUGACGAAGGCGCUUUCACACCUGAAUUAGAAGAAGACCGAGAGGCGUUGAUGCUGUUAGAUGAGUCAAUUAAGGAAGCAGGAUACGAUGGAAAAAUUGUGAUAGCCCUGGACAUGGCGGCCAGCGCCUUUUAUAAAGAAGGAGGAUACGACUUGGCGUUCAAGACAGAAGACUCCGACCCUGACGAGUACAUGGAGGCUGAAACACUCCGAGACCAGUACUUGGAGUACAUAACAGAAUUUCCUUCCAUCGUGUCGAUCGAAGAUCCAUUCGAUCAGGAGGAUUGGGACGGUUGGCUCACCCUGGCGGACCAAGAGAUCCAAGUCGUCGCCGACGAUCUAACUGCGAUGAACAUCGACAGGAUCGAGGAAGCGAUAGAGAGGCAAAUGGCCACUGCGAUUGUUUUAAGAACGUCGCAAAUUGGAACCGUGACGGAAGCGAUUAAUUGCGCGAAACUAGCGAGGAUAAGCGAUUGGGGAUACAUCGUGUCCGCGUGUCAGGGAGAAACGGAGGAUAAUUUCGUGGCCGACCUGGCUGUGGGAUUGUCAGCUGGUCAAUUCAAAGCUGGAGCACCUUGCAGAACCGAUAGAACCGCCAAGUAUAAUCAGAUAUUAAGAAUCGAAGAAGAACUAGGCAAGGACGCGAAAUACGCUGGCCUUAAUUAUAGAAAUCCUUUGGCUAAGUAACUUUCGAGGUCUUCGAGGAUUUACCGAGAAAUAGCCACUAAUCACGAGAUCGGCAAAAUAAUCAACGGUAAGGCUUUAAAUUUGAAUCGACUGCAUAUGCACAAUUGAAUAGUUCUAUGUAUAAAAAAUGUUUGUUUUGAUAUGAUUACUAAUGUAUGUCCUAACUUGCAAAUGG